CAUUGCAAUUGUUAAUGUCUUCCUGUAUAAAAAAAACGGUUUUGUGUCUUAAAUACUUCAUUUUUUCAAUGUUCUAAUGCAUUAUUCUUGGUUAUUUAUUGUUUCGUCUACAUACUUGAUUCGCGUAUAAUUUAGUAUAGAAAAUGGACAAUGUGAACAAUGAAUACCGCCGCUAUCCAUACUGCGUGGUUUGGACUCCGAUACCAUUUAUUAGCUGGUUAUUUCCAUUAAUUGGUCAUAUGGGCAUAACUACAUCUACUGGUGUUAUAAGAGAUUUUUCUGGAUCAUUUUAUGUAGCAGAAGAUGAUAUGGCUUUUGGAUAUCCUACAAAAUACUGGCAAUUAGAUGUAAAACACAUAACUGGUGGUUCUAAAGCAUGGGAUAAAGCUGUGAAUGAAGCAUCCAUUGAAUAUUUCAAUAGAAUGCAUAAUCUACUAUGUGAUAACUGUCAUUCUCAUGUUGGUAUGGCAUUAGCGUUAAUGAAUUACAAUAAAAGUAAAAACUGGAAUAUGGUUAAAUUGGCUUUAUACACAUUUAUUUUUGGGAAAUAUGUCAGUUGCAGCGCAUGGUUUAAAACAUGGGGCCCAUUUAUCAUUUUUGUAUUUGUCUGUCUUGCACUUUAUUCAUUCGGUCAAUUAAUCUAAAAAUGUAUAAUAUCAUAGUAAAAUAACAGCUCAUUAAAAUUUGUUAAUUGUAAUGUGAUGAUCUCUACAGCAGCAUAUUAAUAUUUUUUAUGUAUAAUUUAUAUUUUUUUUAUAACAGUGGUGUAGACUGGGAAAAGAUAGUAUAAGUAUUUUGAUUUUGUCUUUAAAUUAAUAAAAGAUAAUCCUUUUGCAGAGAUAAUUUUGUUAUAAUAGAGGUUCUUAACCUUAUGAGGUAUAUGAACUACUGUAAAAAUAAUCUUUGACAGUUAAAAAUAAAAUUGCAACCAAUAAAGUAAGCUCUCUUGGCCAUUAUGAUAAUAUUAAAUUCAAAUUUGUCAAACUACCUUAAAAUAUUUUUCUACUUUUUUAAAUAUACAAACAAUUAUUUUAAGGAAACCAUAUGUAUUACUUCAUAAAGAAUAAAUAAAUGUGUGAUCUAUAUAUUUUUACUUAA